AUGUCGGUAUUAAUCGUCACCAGCGUGGGCGAACUCGUGGUGGAUCUCCACACCGACCUCUGCCCGCGCACCACCGGCAACUUCCUCAAGCUCUGCAGCAUCAAGUACUACAACGGGUGUCUCUUCCACAACGUGCAGAAGGAUUUCCUGGCGCAGACCGGGGACCCGACGGGGACCGGCAGAGGAGGCGGCUCCGCCUACAAGCUCCUCUACGGCGACCAGUCUCGGUUUUUCGAAGACGAGAUCCGUCCGGACAAUCCGGACCUCACGCAUUCCAAGAAGGGCACCGUCGCCAUGGCAAGCACCGGCAACGCCUCACAGUUCUACAUCACCCUGCGGCCCAACGUCGAGUACCUCGACGGUCAGCACACCGUGUUUGGGACUGUCACUGAAGGAUUCGACACGCUGACGAAAAUAAAUGAAGCUUACAUUGAUCCUGACGGAAGACCGUUCAAGGACAUAAGGAUUAAACAUACGUAUAUCCUGGAUCCUCCUCAUCUCACCGACCUUUCACCUGAGAAUUCUCCCGUCGGAAAGCCAAAGGAUGAGGUAGCAGAAGAGCGCUUAGAGGAUACCUGGGCCCCUCUAGAUGAAAGACUGGACCCUGUACAGCUUGACGAGAUGAUCCGCUCUAAAGAAGCGCAAUCCAAUUCCGUGAUCCUCGAGUGUAUUGGCGACAUUCCAGAUGCCCAGGUCAAGCCACCUGAAAACGUUCUAUUCGUCUGUAAUCUGAAUCCGGUGACGCAGGAUGAAGAUCUAUAUACAGUGUUUUCUCGUUUCGGAACCGUGGCAUCAGCUGAGGUAAUCCGAGACUGCAAGACUGGAGAUAGCUUGUGCUACGCAUUUGUUGAGUUCGAGGCGAAGAAGGCAUGCGAACGUGCGUUCAACGACAUGAACAAUUGUCUGAUUGAUGACCGGAGGAUCCGCGUCGAUUUUAGUCAAAGUGUUUCAAAAAUGUGGGGUAAGUUCAGACAUGGCAUUCAAAAUGCAAAGAAAGAUGGGUCCUUCAAAUGUGAUGCCCCUCACUUGCGAGCCCAAAAUUGUGUUCAAGGUUCUGAGAAGCAAGACCGUCGAGGUACUACCGGUCGAAGAAAGAUUGAGCAAUUGGAUGACUGGCGAUCAGAGCCACCAUAUAAGGGCGAUCUUGUUAGGAAAUGCAUGCAUGAUGACCACACUAGUUAUGGUAAUCGAGGCUAUAGUGGACACAACGCUCGUGACUAUAGCAAGCGCCAGUGUAGGAGCAGAGAUCAAGAGUUGAUCACUAUGACAGGAAUAAAGAAAAAUGAUGACUGUCGAAAGGGAGAUCGCUGCAAGAAAGAGGAAUGUUGCCACAAAAGAAGUAGAGAGACAUAGAAGCAGAGAGGGUGGAAACCGUGAGACGCAGAUGCGCGGGGCUGCAUGCCUGCAUCUCUGUCAGUUUUUCCUCAUCUGUUUUUCAUUGUACAUCGAGUUUGUGGCGUC